AUUGUGCAUCACCCUGGCUGAUAUUGUGAUGGUGAAGCAGAAUUAGAGAUGAAUAGAUCUCCUUUGUGUGCAGCACAGCAUCUCUCUGUAGGCUCAUCCACCUGAAAGCAGGAAAGCAUGGCAGGUGCUGCCCAGCUUUUCCUGCUGUGCUGCCUGCUUCAAGGUAGUUUAUGCCAGGAAUGGGCGAGCUUCAUGCCUCAGAGUCUACAGGGACUCAGUGGGUCCUGUGUGAGGAUCAACUGCAUUUUCAGCAUUCUCCCAACAUUUGAUCAAUACCUGGAUGAUACCUGUGUAGCCAAAUGGAAUGACGGCUCUACGACAGUGUUCAACUCUGAGCUCACUGGACAAAGUGCAAACAUUCUGCAAGGACACCUAACAGGAAACCUGCGUACAAAGAACUGCACCACCGUCUUCCACAACAUGUCACCAAAAGAUAAUAACAAAUAUUACUUCAGACUGGAUUGUAACAACGCUUUGAAGUUCAGCUUUCCAACAAACGGCACCACCAUCACCAUUACAGACUCACUGCCUAAACCGGUCAUAACUCCACCCUCGGGGGAGGUGCAAGAAGGAGCUCCAGUGAGGGUGGAGUGCUCGGCUGUAGCUCCCUGCCCCCUUCUUCCCCCGGCUCUCACUUGGACCCCUGCUAUAGGUGACGUUAAGAAGAACCAACAAGCUGCAUCUGUGACCUCCGUUAUGACCUUCAAUGCUUCCCGCCUCCACAACGGACAGAGGUUACAGUGCUCUGCUCUCUACAGCCGACAGGCUGGAAACACUGACCUUCAGUAUGAAAAUAAUCUGACCCUCCGCGUUCUCUAUCCUCCAAACAACACAUGGGUCAGCCACUCCAGUCCCGUGAUAGAGGGCACCUCGGUGAACUUGACCUGCAACACCGACGCAAAUCCGUCCGUGGACAAGUUCACCUGGUACAAAGUGGAUGGAGAUCAGGUGGAGGCAGUGGGUUUCCACGCUUUGCUUUCCACUAAUGUCUCAGAGGCGGACAGCAGCUUCUUCUGCCAAGUCGGUAACAGAUAUGGAAGCCAGAACUCGUCCACCACUCAGAUAGACGUACAGUUUCCUCCCAAGGGAACCACAGUCAUUGUCCAACCCGACGGUCCCAUACUGGAGGGGGUCUCCGUGUCUCUGCUCUGUAAGAGCCGUGCCAACCCCCCCGUGACCAACUACACCUGGUACAAAGAUGAGGAGAAGAAGGUGUCUGGGUCGAGCUUGAAUAUAAGCAACGUCGACCCGAGCCACAGAGGUCACUACCGCUGUGAGGCCAGAAACGAGCUGGGGGAGGGUCAGUCAGCAGCGACUCAGCUGGACAUUCAGUGUGAGUUGAUUUUCCACAGUAGAGAGUUUCCAGUGGGUUCAUAUGCUGAAGAUGGCUCUGCUGUUUGCACACAUUCUGAAGACAAGACUCAGUCAGUGUCACAUCUUCAAGUUGCGUGA